GGAUGAAUGUGACUUUUAUGCGAGUUUAGUGUGGAGUAAAACUCGCUCGUGUGAUCUCAUGUCACCGACUUCCUUCUUCAGAGGGGAUCAUUGAGAGAUCAGACCCCCUUCAGACACUGUGAAGCCAAGGGCUGUCGUGAUGUCGGAGCCCAAAGCGCCCACCCCGGCCCCUGGAGACACCUAUAAAGGCUGGCUUUUCAAAUGGACUAAUUACAUCAAGGGGUACCAAAGGCGAUGGUUCGUCCUGAGCAAUGGCUUACUGUCUUACUACAGGACUCAGGCGGAGAUGGGGCACACAUGUCGAGGCACCAUAAACCUGGCCACGGCCAAUAUUGCAGUUGAGGACUCGUGCAACUUCGUGAUCUCCAAUGGCGGCACGCAGACGUAUCACCUGAAGGCCAGCUCAGAGGUGGAGCGGCAGCGCUGGAUCACAGCACUCGAGCUCGCCAAAGCCAAAGCUUUCCGCAUGCAGGCUGAGUCAGAUGAUUCAGGAGAUGAGUCGACUCCUCCUGCGGCGGGUCAGGGUGGAGGAGCUCGUAACUCUGAGGUUCAGUCCACGCUCCGCACGCUGGGCAGCAAAGUGGAGGAUCUGAGCACCUGCAAUGACCUCAUUGCCAAACACGGCUCUGCACUGCAGAGGUCCUUGUCUGAGCUGGAGGGGGUUCGGCUGGGAGGAGAGACGAGUGAAAAGAUUCGCCAGGUGACGGAGCGAGCCACACUCUUCCGUAUCACCUCCAACGCCAUGAUAAAUGCCUGCCGGGACUUCCUGGCGUUGGCACAGGCUCACAGUAAGCGCUGGCAGAAAGCCCUGCAGGCUGAGAGAGAGCAGAGGGUGAGGCUGGAGGAGACGCUGGAGCAGCUCGCCAAACAACACAACCAUCUAGAAAGAGCCUUCAGAGGAGCCACUGUCCUGCCUCCUUCACAGAGCAACCCUGCCAUAGACAGCAAAGGCUCAGUUCCAGGAAAGGGUGAUGCCAGCGACGAGGACGAGGAGAACGAAUUCUUUGACGCCUGCGAGGACGUUCAGGAGUUCAUCACUGUACCAGCAGACCCCAAAUAUCACAGGAGAUCCGGCAGCAAUGUCAGCGGGAUCAGUAGCGAAAUGGGAAUGGAUGACGGGACGACGUCGCUGGACGAACAGUCUAUGGCAUCCAAUCCCGAGUCUCCUCAAUCCCAAGAGGUGGUGCCUGUGAGGAAAAGACGGACCCGAAUCCCAGAUAAACCAAAUUACUCUCUCAAUCUGUGGAGCAUCAUGAAGAACUGUAUUGGAAAAGAGCUGUCCAAAAUCCCAAUGCCUGUGAACUUCAACGAGCCGCUCUCUAUGCUGCAGCGUCUGUCUGAGGAUCUGGAGUACUACGAGCUGCUGGAUCGAGGAGCAAAGUGCCAGAGCUCUCUGGAGCAGAUGUGUUAUGUGGCCGCUUUCACCGUGUCCUCGUACUCCACUACAGUUCACCGCACUGGCAAACCCUUCAACCCGCUGCUGGGAGAGACCUUUGAGCUUGACCGCCUGCAGGAGAGCGGAUACAGGUCCCUCUGUGAGCAGGUAAGCCAUCAUCCUCCGGCUGCGGCCCAUCAUGCGAUCUCCGAGCGAGGCUGGACCCUGAGACAGGAGAUCGCGCUGGCCAGCAAGUUCAGGGGCAAAUAUCUCUCCAUUAUGCCCCUAGGUUCCAUUCAUUGUAUCUUUGAGAAGAGCAACAAUCACUACACCUGGAAGAAAGUCACAACCACAGUGCACAAUAUCAUAGUCGGGAAACUCUGGAUAGAUCAGUCAGGAGAAAUAGACAUCGUGAACCACAGAACAGGCGACCGCUGCCAUCUCAAAUUCGCCCCGUACAGCUACUUCUCCAGAGACGUGGCCAGGAAGGUCACAGGGGUGGUGACUGAUAAAGAUGGGAAAGCACACUAUGUUCUGUCCGGCACGUGGGACGAGAAGAUGGAGUGCUCUCGGGUCAUGCAGAGCAGUAGAGGAGGAGAGAAUGGAGCUGAUGGACGACAGAAAACCGUCUAUCAGACACUCAAAGCCAAAGAGCUGUGGAGGAAGACACCGCUGCCAGAGGGCGCUGAAAACAUGUACUACUUCUCGACGCUGGCACUGACACUAAACGAGUCGGAGGAAGGCGUCGCUCCCACGGACAGCAGGAAGCGGCCGGAUCAGCGUCUGAUGGAGCAGGGCCGCUGGGAGGAGGCCAACGCUGAGAAACAGAGGCUGGAGGAGAAGCAACGCACAGCCCGAAGAGAGCGAGAACGAGAGGCCAACCGCUCCACCAACCCAGAGGAGGGUAAGGAGCCAGCGGACGGUGGUAAACUCUCAUUUUAUUAUCAUUCUCCUCGUCUCUUCUUCUCUUUUCUCCUCCUUCUGCGUUCACUCCUGUGUGUGUCUCUGUCUUUCCCUCAAGCUCUCAUUGAGGACUCCAUAUCUGACUCGCCUCUGAAAACUGAAGAAGUCGAGAUUGCCACUGAGCCUUCUGAGACCACUUACAAAAGCGGACACCAGGACAGCUAUAAGGCGAUGUGGUUCGAUCGGUGCGUGGAUCAGAUGACCGGAGAGCCCACGCACAUCUACAGAGGAGGAUACUGGGAGACAAAAGAGCAGGGAAACUGGGACUCCUGCCCGGAUAUCUUCUGAUCCCAAAAUCACGCACACAACCCACAACACCCCUCGCCAUUUCCCCAAUAAAAACAACUCAAAAGACCCUUCUCUUUUUCCGUAUCGUAGUAUAUCGAGAUACACGUUCUCUCUUUCGCCAGCCGUGCUAUACUCAGUGGACAAUAAGGGACCUUGAAAUGGUUUCGGGACGUUCACCCGACGCCACCAAAUCCACUGUGCGUCUCUCUUUUCCUCGUGUUCACUGGAUUAUUAGCGGUUCGGCUGAUGCUACAAUUAGGAAAACGUAUCCUUUCUCUGCUCCACAUGUCUUCCUCAGGCUGUGGAUGUCACCUUAAAUGUGCAGGCAAUUACGGAGGCGUGUUUGUGUGUCUAUGUGGUUUACAGGGACACAGUUGUAUAAUGACUCUUAAGGCGGUCUCUGUAAUUCAAAACACUUGAAAAUCAUGCUAAAGUGGUCUUUUGACAUUCAAAGGGUUUCCUGUAAGGGUUGGGUUUUAGUAAGGCCAUAAAAUAAAUGUUUUCUGCUGUGUAAAAUAAAUUACGCCUAUAGAGUGUCCUUGUAAACCAUGUAUACAAGUAUGUGUGUGUUAGUAAACAUGCAAGUGAGUUAAAUGAAGCGCUGUAUACAGGGUUUACAGGGACACUGGGUUGUAUAAUUGCUUAGGUGUACUCUAUUAAGGUGGUCCCUGUAAUUCAAAACACUUGAAAAUCAUACUGAAUGUGGUCUUAAUGUGGUUGGGUUUUAGUAAGGCCAUAAAAUAAGUGUUUUCUACUGUAUAAAAUACAUUACGUCUAUAGAGUGUCCCUGUAAACCAUGUAUAGAUGUAUGUGUGUGUUAGUAAACGUGCGAGUGAGUUAAAUGAAGCGCUGUAUACAGGGUUUACAGGGACACGGAGUUGCAUAAUGACUUAGUUGUACUCUAUUAAGGUGGUCCCUGGAAUUCAAAACACUUGAAAAUCAAACUUAACUUGGUCUUUUGACAUUCAAAGGGGUUUCCUGUUAGGGUUGGGUUUUGGUAAAACCAUAAGAUAAGUGUGUUUUCUACUGUAUAAUAUACAUUAUGCCUAUGGAGUGUCCCUGUAAACCAUGUAUACAAGUGUACAUGUUUGUGAAUGUGCGAGUGAGUUUAGUCAAGCGCUGUAGUGAUCUUUCCUUUCGGUGAGAGUGUCAGAGUUGGCCUUGGUUUGUGGAUUUUAAAGGAAUAGUUUGUGCAAAUAAUAACAGCAGUUUGUUGGUUGAGAGAUAAAAGAAGGGAGGAGGCCCGAGGAAAGUGUGUGAGUUUGCACAAAUAUGAUUAAGAUGUCAGUGGUUACUUGACACUUGAUUUUUUUUGCUGAGAUAUGCAACGGUUUUGGACUCGAGCACUAAAAACACAUGAAAAUUAUGAGUUCAUAUUUCUGACUUUUUUUUUUUCUGUCAGUAUUGUGACUUUUUGUCAAUUGUUGAGAUAUACUUUGCCAAAUUAUACUUUAUUUUUAAGUAUUUGGCUUUUUUCGUCUGAAGAUUUUGACCUUUUUCUCAGAAUUCUGCAUUUAAAUCUCACAUCUCUGACUUUUUUACCUUUAUUUUUCUGUCAGAAUUGUGACUUUUUGUCAGUUGUGAGCAUAAUAAGCUUUCCCAGACACAUAAUAUACCUUUUUUUCCUUAGAGUUUGGCUUUUUUCUUAGACGUCUGUCCUUUUUCUCAGAAUUCAGCAUUUGCAUCUCAAGUUCUGACUUUUCUUCCCACAUAAUUGCAAGUUUUCUUCCAUGUUUAUAGACUUUCUUAUAUUUCUAACUUCUACAGGAUUGCAAGUUUAUAACUGAACAUCUGUAAAGUCCCAAUUCUGCAUUUGCGAGUCCAUUAAUCCAAAGAUCCACAAAUUGUAGUCUUUUUAUCCUCACACUAGGCUAUUGUAUUACUUAAAGGAGCAGUUCACCCAACAAUGAAACUUUACUCCAUUUACUCACACUCAAGCGGUUCUAAACUUUUCUGAAUGUCUUCUAUUGAACACAAAACAAGAUAAUCUGAAAAAUCUAUAAGAGGAACAAACUUGUUUUUUUGUCAAACAUUCUUUAGUUUAACUUCCUUUUACGAUCAACAGAAGUAAACUCUAACAGGUUAGGAACAAGUGGAGGAUGAGGAAAUGAUGACAUUUACCUCAUUUUUGGGUAAACUAUCUCUUCAAGCCAAUGAAUUACUUGAAAUACUUAAAAUGUAAUGCAUAGUCGCACCAGUGGUGUUUUUUUAGAGCCAGUUAUUCCUGAAUCACACCAUUAAUCAAAACAUUUGCUUAUAAGUUCAUCAAUGAACACUAACAUAAAUGUCAGUGUAUUUCUCUCGAUAUUACAUCAUGUUACAUGAAAUAUAACACACACUUGCUUCACUUGUUGUUAAAUAAGUUGUUAUUUUUGGAGCUUUUCAACAGAACGUUUGGGGUUAACCAAUCCAAGGACCAAUAAAUAAUGGCAUUACUUUAAUAUUUGCAUGAACUAUUCCUUUAAAUACCAUAAAAUCUGCAUGAUCCUCUCAGUUUCUUCUAAUAAGGAUUGUCAUUCAGAUUUCUCAUUAACAGCUGCUGAAAUUAUGCAUAAAAUGACUAGCGAAUGUUUCAAGCGAGUGUUUAUAACCUCCAGAACAGCAUAUAUGUUGAUGCUCACAAGGGAUUUUCAUGCUUUUUUAAGUAAAAGCAUCAAUGUAGCAGUUUAAACCGAGUUGCUAAUGCAAACUACCUGUUUAUUUGUGUUUCCCUGUAGCCUGAACACACACUAUAAAAGGGGAUUAUUACUUUAAAAAGCCACUAAACCAGGCAUGGGCAACUCGAUCCUCGAGGGCCGGUGUCCCUGCAGAGUUUUGCUCCAACACUAAUCAAACACACCUGAACACCCUAAUUAGUGUCUUCAAGAUCACUAGAAAGCUACAAGCAGGUGUGUUUGAUUAGGGUUGGUGCAAAACUAUGCAGGGACACCGGCCCUCCAGGAUCGAGUUUGCCCAUCCCUGCACUAAACCCACUGCCUUAAAGGC